AUGAAGCUACCAUUGUGCAAAAAAGCAGCUGAAAACAACAUUGUGAAAGCAGCGAUUAAAAUCAAGACGAAAAACUGUCAAGAAGCCGAUAAAACACUCGUUCAAGUCGAACAGCUGGUGCGUGGAGUGCCGGACUUUUUCGAUGAUGACAUUGGCAUCGAAGGUCGUCGGAUAGCCACCGGUCGACAGCGACUGCUCAAACGAGGAUCUCCUAUGGGACAACAACCAUCACUCGAGUCCAGUCACAAGAGAAGGUCUCUCAGAACCCGUAAGCAAUCCAAAAUGCAGUCGCAUCAAGAUGACAUCGAGGAAAGAAUCGGAAGCAGUCACUCCGUCGUUCACGGAUUGGCCUUCUCAUUCUUAGAAAAUCCGGCAGCGUCGGCGGCGCAGCGUGGCAGCUAUGCUCGCGGUUCCAUAUGGACCUUACGUACUGCCAUUCAGCAAAUGCCCGAAUUGGCUGGUGCUCUUAUUCAUGAAGUUCUGCCCUCAUCUAGCGCUCGAGAAUCGUUGAAGCCGUCUGAAGAGCCGGCGGCGCAGUCCCCUACAGAGUUCUCGAACCCGGUGAGUAGAGUU